GCUUCAGCUGUCUCCGCCUGGUUGCGUCUGUGUCCGCCUUGCGCGCGGUGGGGGAGGAUGAUGAUGAUGAAGACGACGAAGAAGAAGAUGCUGCUUCUCUGCGUGGUGCUGUGCGCAUCCACUGUCGAGGCACAGCAGCCGCUGCCCGCAGCGCCACGACCCGUGGCGCAGGGAAGGUCGGCCAAGGAACUGGCCGACAUCGACGACGUGAUCCGGAGCGUGGCAGACACCGCAGCAGAACCCAUCAGGGCUCCCCCUGUUGAGGGGAACGGGACGAACGCGGUGGAGACUGCGGUGGAGACCGCGGAGGAGCUCGCGGUUGACCCCGGCGAGCUGGACCCGUGCGCCGGGGAGCUGGUGCCCCUGGACGGGGGCGGCUGCGGCUGCCCGGAUGGCACGACCCGCCAGGGAGACAACUGCACGUGCCCCGCCGGAUUCGAAGCCCAGGGGCCGGGAUGCGUGGACGUGGACGAGUGCUCGCUGGGACCGGGUCCGUGCGGCCUCCACGCCAACUGCACGAACCGCAUCGGCUCCUUCCUGUGCGAGUGCACGCGAGGGUACAUCAUGGGGCCCGCAGGGUGCGAGGACGUGGACGAGUGCGCGCUGGCGCGGGUCACGGGGCUGCAGGCCUGCUCCGGCCGGGGCGUGUGCCGCAACGCGCCGGGGUCGUUCUCGUGCGCAUGCGAGUCGGGCUUCGUGCUCUCACUCGACAGCCGCGCCUGCAUCGACGUGGACGAGUGCACCUUCGAGGAGACGUGCCGCCGUGAGCUGGGCAACCUCUGCGUCAACAACCUCGGCAGCUACGCCUGCGUCUGCCAGGGCGGCUUCCGUGCCCAAGGGGCUGCGUGCGUCGAUGUGGACGAGUGUGCGGAGAGGCCGGGGCUGUGUGCGGGACGCGGCGUGUGUCAGAACUCACUCGGGAGCUACCGCUGCUCCUGUCCUCCGGGCUACCGUGGCAACGGCACCACCUGCGAAGACGAGGACGAGUGCGCGAGCGGGAAGCACGGCUGUGACGCGAACGCGCGCUGCGGGAACAUCAUCGGCUCCUACUUCUGCCAGUGCCUCCAGGGCUUCAACGGCGAUGGGUUCUCCUGCUUCGACAUCGACGAGUGUACGGUGGUGCAGGGUGGCUGUGCCAGGCUCUGCGUGAACGAGCCGGGCAGCUUCCGAUGCGAGUGCGACGCGGGCUACGUGGUGGCGCCCAACGCACGGGACUGCAUCGACUUCGAUGAGUGCUCCAUAUUCAACGGCAACUGCAGCCAGGCGUGCAGCAACACGGAGGGCAGCUACAGGUGCUCCUGCGCACCCGGAUUCCAGCUGCACGUGGACAAGCGGCAGUGUGUGGACAUCGACGAGUGCAAGGUGCAGAGCGGGGGGUGCUCGCACUCGUGCAGCAACUCGCCCGGUGGCUUUGCGUGCGGGUGUCCCUUGGAGCUGGCGCUGGACGUGGACAACAAGACGUGCGUCAACAUCACGUCGUGCGAGCAGCGGAACGGCGGCUGCGAGCACGUGUGCUCGGUGCACGCCGAGGCCGGCGUGGAUUGCUCCUGCCGCGCCGGGUGGCAACUCAACCCCAACAGGCUGUCGUGCGACGAUGUGGACGAGUGUGCCGACUUCACGCGCGGGGGUUGUGAGCAGCAGUGCGACAACUUCCCCGGCAGCUUCAACUGCUCGUGCUCGCCCGGCUUCCGCGUGCGAACGGACGACCUCAGCAAGUGCGAGCCCGUGUGUGACCCUCCCUGCCAGAAUUACGGCGAGUGUGUGGGGCCCAACUCGUGCGAGUGUCCCCCUGGGUACCCGGGUCCCAGCUGCUCGGCCAUGUGCACACCACCCUGUGCCCACGGGGGAACAUGCAUGCGCUGGGACGUGUGUCUCUGCCCACCUGGGUGGACCGGCCCAGGAUGCCACACAGCCGUGUGUGAACUUCCCUGCGCGAACGGCGGGCGCUGCGUGGGGCCGGGCGUCUGCCAGUGCUCGUCCGACUACACGGGGCCGCAGUGUCUCUCGCCCACGUGCACCCCUCCCUGCCUCAACUCUGGGCGCUGCAUCGACGUGAACACGUGCAUCUGUGCCGGAGGCUGGGAGGGCACGCGCUGCCAGAUCGAGCCCGUGCGCUGCGGCGCGCCCUGCAGGAACGGGGGCUCCUGCGUGGGGCUCAACCGCUGUCGCUGCCGCCACGGCUACACGGGAGCGGCCUGCGAGAGCGCCGUGGUGGAGCCGUGCGUUCCUCCGUGUCUGCACGGAGCCACGUGCGGACCCCACAACUCAUGCUCGUGCCCCGAGGGCACCGAGGGCCUCCGCUGUGAAAAGCUGGUCUGUCCUCUGGUGACGCGGGCCGUGCUGGGAUCCCGGGCGGUGCGUAAGGGCGUGCGCGAGAGCUACGUGGACCGCUGUGGCCCGCUUGGCGUGCAGCUCUGCACCAAGUACAGGAUAAACCAGGUACGUGUGUACGUACAGGCGUACACGGUCGGCUACAAGAUCCAGUGCCCAGCCUCCAAGCUCAACAAAAGGCCCUGAUUGCAGAGAUGCGCACGCAUGCACACACACACACACUCUCAAAUGUCAAAUCACCUGUAUAGAGAACGUAUGGGGGCAAUUCCUGCUGGCGAUGUUUACACAAAACACCCGGUACUAAUUUAAGGCUGGGUCGAACUAGGGAAGAGGCCCAGGACUGGUUCUGACAUCGCUGGCCACGAUUUGUUCUGACGUGGCUGGAAUCGGAAAGCAGGUUUAUCAGGUUCACAGCACAGUGCUUCAAUCACCGCACCCCACACACGAACACCUGCAGUGAUGCCUCUAUGGAGCCUGCAGGCGAUUCGUCUGUGCCAAGACUCAAGAGCCGGGAGGCCUAGACGGGCGCUGGGUGUGCCAGGCUACGAAGAGGGGAAAUGUCCAACUUCGCUACAUCACUGCAAAGAUAAAGAGUCCCCCCCACCCCGUAUAGCCUUUCACAGGCUGUUGGGGCAAGUGCUGUUAGCGAGCACCUAUGAAGGCCGGCACGGUACGCGAGGGGGUGGGCAGCCAGCACCACGCCCGACCACUUUGUCU